GCAUGCUUAUCACAAGACAAUAUGUCCGCGAUAUCAGCUGUCCGUGAGGUCUUUCUUUGGCGUCUGGAACAUACGUAGCAAUAUCUUACAACAGGAUUUAGAAGUAAUCAUCAUCCUACUGACGAAUCUUUUAAUUAAUUGCAUGACACAGAUAACCAAAUUUACCAAUGGAGAAUGUGGAAAGUUCAAACGCGUUAGAAUGGAAACUUCCCGAUCAAGUGAUGCAGCUGCAUCGCUUACAAGUGAAGAAACGUGCUUUGCAAGCACGUAUGAAUAGAGUACGUAAUACCGAUAAAGGAUCAUCGCCCUUAAAUAAUUCCUCUGAUAACGGUAAUUUUAAUUUAAAACAACAAACGUCCCAAAAACGUAAGAAUCCUUUUGUGAAAGACGACGCGAACAAAGUGGAAAAGAAUACGACGCUGACAGAUCUAGAAAACAGCAAUGACAAUACUUUGUACGAGUUGUUAAAUAUUAGCGUUAAGAGACAAAAAACAGUUGAGAAUACUACGCCAGCUAGUUCUUUGAAUUUUACCAGCGUCUUAGCCCAGCUAGAAAAUAAUGCAUGCGUGUCGGGGAUAGAAGUUCCAAAAGGUGAAAAGUAUGUACCCAUCGAUUGGACGUUGAAAACUAAAAUGAGAUUUAUGUCUCCAAAGCCGUUUCCAUGGAAUAGUAAAUUGAAAACGAGCGAAGAAGCUUCUGGUACUACCAGUUUUGUAAGGUGCUUAGAUAUCGGACAAAAGGAGACUACUUUGGACACUAGUCCAAAUGCAAGAUUUCACCAAUGUUGCUUGGUAUGGCAACAUCCGUCAUUACCAUGGUUAGAGUUAUUCCCUCGCUCUGCUGGCAAAGUGAGUGCAAGUCUAGGAAGCAAUUCUGCGAUAGCAAACAAUCAACUGAUAAGAGACGCUUUAUACAGAGAAUGGUGCGAUAGUUUCAGAUCACUUUUUCAUUUGUUGCGUGCACGGCAGUGUCCUUAUUUUUAUGUCUGUACGAAUAAUUUCACCGUUCUCUUUCGUGCUGCUGGAAUAUGCGGUCUGUCCGAAAUGCAUGCCUUGUUAACACCUACAACGCGUGGUUUCCGACAGGCUUUAAAACAAGAAGAGAUCGAGUAUACUAUGCCAUUAAAGAUAGACUAUAAAAGGCCAUCGGAUCCGACCGAUUCUGGGUGUGAAACUUUGGACUCUAAUUCUUCAGUCUUGAUCCUUAAUGAAGAAGAAGACGAAGCGCAAGAUAAAUGGUUGCAAAGCCUUGGCGUAGAAAAUUCUGAGAUUCGAAAAAUUAAUAGUUCUCAGGCGAGAAUGAUUUUAGAGAAGGAAAGCGAAAUGGAUAGUAUGAAACAGUCGCUCGUUUUUGUCAAAGGUGUAGAAGCACAAGCUUUAUUCAAUUUGUUGAUUAAUUGUAAGUCAGCCAUAACGACAACCGGUGCAUUAGCUGGUGUUCCCCCGACUCUGCUAGCACCUACGGCGUUUCAUGGAGCUACUCUAAAACCAUUGAAGGUUAAAGAAAGCAUAGUUAGAAUGGAUAAGGAUAGAUUUCAUUCUUUGGAAUUGAAGGGUCCUCUUUUACCUCACAUAUUACCUUCUCUUUGCGAUAUGAUGAAAUCGAGUCAAUUAGAGGAGUUUUCGGUUAGUUGUGCUCUUUUAACAACGACCACGUCGUUUUCAGCUGCAAAACACGGUCUAGAACGAAUAGAAACCGAGGAUGCGGCGAAGAUUCAACAAAAUGUAUUCGGACAAGAAAACUUGAGCGAUUGUGGAUUUAAUAAUAUUUUGUUGCGACAUUUCUGUAACCCAGAUCCCGCAAAAAUCGAAGUCGUUGAAGGGCUUAAGUAUUCUAACGGCUUGUACACAUUGUCGUAAUAAUUACCGACGAUGCUCGAUAGCGAGGAAAAUUCGUCGAAAGAAGAAUUUUUUAAUGCAUUUAUUUAUAGUUGUUAAUUAUACGACAGGUUGUUUUAAUUAUCAUUGUGACUUACGGUAUCGACAAUAAUUAUUGCGAUAUCAUUUAUUUAAGAGACGUUAUUAUUUCUUACGAGACAAUUUACCGAUAGUUUUAAAUAAAUUCGACAAUAAGUGCCUUGUAAAAUAUAUCCAUAUAGGUGUCUACGCGAGUAAUUUUUACCGACGGUAGUAUAUCGCUUUUUUGUUAGAUUGUAAGACUACGGGCCCUAGUCAAAUACACGUAUAAUAGAUAUUUUAAUUUGAAACUUUAAGAUAUUAUUCAUUUGCAUUCGAUAAAGGCCUGUACCCUAGUUCGCAGAUAUCUUAUCACGAAUGAGUCACGCAACUCAAUCUCUCUACUAUCACACUUUAUUUUAAGUCAUUCCAAUGCAAUUAUUUAAAACUUAUUUAUUACUUCGUUUAGACUAUGAAUACGCAUGUCUAAGAAAAAAACAACAAAAAAAGAAGGAACAAUAAAAGAAAACUAGUUACGUUCGUCGAUUAAACGAAUAAUAAAUAAACUAUUGUUUUUAAAGACGCCUA